CAUUGCUGAGUUGCUGACUGUUCUGUUUUGUGUAAUGUGUACGCACACAGCUUAAUAACUUGUCGAAUCGGACGUCAAAAAAAUAUUGUUUUAAUUAUAAAAUCAAACAAGUGAAAUGAAUAUUUCAGAUGUGAUGAAAAUCCAAAAGGUUGAAAAUGUGUUAAUGUUGGAUAAGUAUGGCGUUAAACAUACACUAGGAACUUUUUAUUUAACCGAGACACAUUUUAUUUUUACGAAACCUAAUGGAAAGAAAAAAAUAUGGGUUUUAAAUUCUCAUGUUGCUAGUGCUGAAAAAUUACCAUUACUAACAAGUGGUUCUCCACUUUGUAUCAAGUGUAAACAUUUUUUUGUCGUCACAUUUGUUAUUCCAAAAGAAAGGGAUUGCCAUGAGGUCUACUUGACAUUGAUAAAGUUAUCUUCACCAACUAGAACAGAAGAUUUGUACUGUUUUGACUUCAAAGGUAAUAACGAAGGCCUCAUACAAGAAAUGGGCUGGAAUUUUUUCAGUCUUCAAGACGAAUUCCAAAGACAAGGUGUUCCUAAUGAUGAAUGGUCGCUAUCUUAUCUCAAUGUUAAUUAUGAGCUGUGUGAAUCGUAUCCAAAAUAUUUAUAUGUUCCCAGUUCAUGUAGUAAUACUGUAUUAAUGGGAAGUGCAAAAUUUCGUAGUAAAGGCAGGUUACCAGUAUUAACUUAUUUACAUAAUAGUAAUAAGGCUUCUAUCUGCAGAUGUAGUCAACCAUUAUCAGGUUUCAAUGCACGAUGUUUAAAAGAUGAACAAAUGCUUUAUAAUUUGCUCUGCACAAAUCCUGAUUCAAAAUAUUUAUGUGUAGUUGACACAAGGCCCAGGAUUAAUGCAAUGGCCAAUCGCGCUGCUGGAAAAGGUUACGAAAACGAAAAUUUUUAUGACAAUAUAAAAUUUCAGUUUUUCGGGAUCGAAAAUAUUCACGUUAUGAGAUCCAGUUUAAAUAAAUUAUUAGAACUACAAAAAAGUACCUCAAUGAGUUCAUUUCUCAGUGGCCUUGAAAGCAGUGGCUGGUUAAAGCAUAUUCGCGCAAUAUUGGAAACAUCAUGGUUCAUUGCCCGUAAUGUUGUCAAUGGAAUCAGUGUUGUUGUACACUGCAGCGACGGAUGGGACAGGACAGCCCAAGUUUGUUCUUUAGCUGCUUUAAUGCUCGAUCCAUUUUACAGGACUAUUCAUGGUUUCCAAGUCUUAAUAGAAAAAGACUGGCUUGCUUUUGGACAUAAAUUUAAUGACCGAUGUGGUUACGUGACUGCUGAUAGCAAAGAGCUUGCCCCAAUAUUCACUCAAUUUAUUGAUGCUACUUAUCAAUUAUCACAACAGUACCCGUUUAUGUUUCAAUUUAAUGAACAAUACUUGAUUACGUUACACGAUCAUGUACAAAGCUGUCAGUAUGGAACCUUCAUUGGUAAUUGCGAAAAAGACCGACAAUUUUAUAAAGUUUCUGAUAGGACUUAUUCACUUUGGGGUUACAUAUCUCAACACAUAAACGAGUUUAUAAAUCCUUUGUAUUCAAAUAAACAGUCCAAAGAAGCAAGUAAUCAAAUACUUAAACCAAAACUUUUACCACAAAAUAUCGUAUUAUGGAGAGGUCUUUACCUGCGAUUUGAAAAUGGUGUUCAUCCCAGGGAAUCUUAUGAAGAUUUACUCUCAACUAUUAAUAGUCAUGUUAAUUCAAUAGAAGAUCACAUAAAAUUUCUCACAAAGAAAAUUAACGCAGUAGAAGCUCUUACACCAAAUAAAACCGAUAAGUCAUCUCUCAGCAAACAGAAAUUAAACAAUGAUUAUUCAAAAGAAAAUACUUUCAAGGAACUUAUAACCAUCUUUGCAAGAGAUCCCAACAAUAAAAGUAAAACAGAAAUCCAGCAACUAGUUGCAGAAUUAAAUUCAGUUUCAUUGGAAUGGAAGUCAUCGAAAAAUCGAGUUGAAUGUAAAUGUGCUACCACGUUUGAUGCUUUUAAUAAACAGUACCAUUGUUGGUCUUGUGGAAAUGUUAUGUGCCAGCGUUGCAUUCGUAUCAAUAUGCUUUCUGGAUAUUCAACAGAAAGGGCAGUUCCAAUUUGUAAAUUCUGUUCUCAAAAAUAUGUGACAGUGACACAAUAACCCUUUAUUGAAUCUCGUAAAUACAAAAAUGUUUAUUUUGCGUUGAAGCAGCUGUACCUAAUUUUAUGAAACUAGAUAAAUUAAGAUGUAUAUUUUGUGUUAUGAAGGCGAUUAAUUUACCAUUUUUACAUUGUACACAAGCGAGACUCCUACAACGUUGAAAAUUAUCGCACUAUUUAUAUAGCAUUGCUAGUACUUUAGCCAAGCUCUCUGACACCAUAUGUCACUUAAGAAUAUAAAUUAUUUUUCAAGCCUAAACCAUUUUUUUCUUAAGAAAAUAAGAGGUUUGUAGUUCCAUUAAGACAUUUAGAAAAAGAAAAUAGGUUGACGCUAUGGACUUAAUGUGCAGGCUUCUAAUUGCUGAAGUCGUUUUAAUGUUAAAAAUUAAUAUUAUUUUCUUACAUAACGAUACUAAAUGAAAAUUUUUUCCAAAAUUGGCAAUGUUUUUGAUCGCUUCAAACUUUCAUGUGCUCUUUCACUCUCACAUUCUGGUCGAGAAACUACAGAAAACAUUUUGUAAAGUUACUCAAACUUACUUUUUGUCGGUCCGAGUGACAGUGUCAAAUUGUUCCUAUAGUUUUUUUUUCUUUUUAUAAAGUUUGAAAUUUCAAUGAUAGUAACUUUGUUUUUAAAAGUAUAUUUAAUUAGUAAGUCUUUGCAUCUGAUUAGAGUCGUUAUAAGUUGCAAGUUUGUGAUAAUCAUUAUAAAAAAAAUUAAAAACUUUAUAUGUAAAAAGAAAGUAUUUACAAAUAAAUUUCAUUUAUCAA